CCGGUUCCCGUUGGUGACCUCCGACCCUCGCUGUGGUUUGAACUGGGGCUUAGUUGAAGGUCGCCUGACCUGCUUCUGCUUUCCUGCAGUGUGUUUGAGGCUCAAACAGCAGAGGCAGGACCGCCCCCACAUCCUCUGGAACCCCCCCGGUCACGGGUCACCUCAGUGUUCAGCGAAGGCCGUCCUGUGUUCGGAUGACGAGUGGGUUUCUAAAUGUCCGUCCGGCUGCAGACUGCAGGGUUUGAUUUCUCGACUGGAGACGGACGUGGACAGAAAACUCCAAUCCGUGUGUGAAAAAGCAAAAGCGUUAGAGGAAGCCGCAGAGAAGUCAAUGAUGAAGGUGACGGACGUCUACAACGCCCACCGCAGAGCCCUCGUCCACCGAUUCGUGUCUGAGCAGAAGUUCACGGCUCGUGCCGACAUCUUGGCGAAGACGCUAACAGCAGUUCGGGAAAAAUCAAAGGUUCUGGAUCUAAAAAUAAAGGAGUUGAGAAGCAACGUAAAGAAACAGGUGGAGGAACUGUAUCGAACUGAGGUGGACGUUGACAUGAUGCUGCGGACGUGCAGUGGUUCCUGUCAGUCCAGAACUCCGUUCAGCGUCGAUCAUCACAGCUACCAGGAGCUUCAAAGCGACUCCAUGCUGGAGGCUCUCCAUCAGAGGAGCACGGCUUCUCCUCCCCCCAGAGCUGUGAGGCGGAUCAAACUGCAGACUCUGGAGAGCAGCCGGAAACCGUCUCAGGACUACAAGUCCAUCCCGAUGGUGCAGAAAGAACUACUGACCCAGUUUGAGGACAUCGAUCUGAACCAGUUCUCACUGGAGGAGCAGCUGGAAGAACCUGACGGAUGCAAUGAGGUGGAAUGAAGAUCAGAGCAGGUCUGAAACCACCAGAGCAGAAACCUUGUCAGCUGGUCCUGAGAGAACAAAACCUAAGAGGCUUCCAGGCCCCUCUGUUUGUAUCUAACCUGACUCCCCUGACCCGUCGGCUCGUCCAGAACAUUCCUGCUUCUCCUUAAAAUGAAGAGCAGCUGUUGAGUGGAGGAUGACACUUGCUGCUCAUCCCUUCUUCACCUCGGCAUUCCUGCUGUUCAACCUCCCCCUCCAAGAGGACCGGUCAUGCAGACACCAACAGCCAGAACUGGAAGACGUCCCCCCAUGUAACUUGAAAUAAACUUUAUUUUUACCUGUGACCCCAGCAGUUAUGUUUUUUUCCUCAUGUUAAUGUUUUUUUGUUUUUGUUGUUUUACAGUUCUGAACACUUUUGGGGUGGGGGGUUAGGGUAAAUUGUAUCAUUUCUGCUUCCGGCCAAUGAUGUCCGGUACCAUCUUGUCAGUGCACCCCCCAAAUUAAUGCACCUAGGUGCACCUCUCGACCUACCCACAUAUUGUACCUCAUGGACUGUGUAAUUGAGUGUAUUGUGCUCUUGUGUUAAAAUUGUACACAGUGUUGAACAUACUACUUUUUUGUAACCAUUACCUUUCCCUUCCUUUUGUAGCCCGUCUACACCCACCAAACCGUGAACUGAAUGUGUAGAUCUGUUGUCUGUCUGAUCUGGUCUUGGGUUGAACUCAAACUCAAUUUUGUAUGAAAGCUGCAUACAUGACAAAACAAUCUGGACUCUUGACGUGUUUCAGAUCUACUGUGACAUAAUCUGUAAUAUUAAAUUCUAUUUUGUUUUAUUAUAUGCAUUUAGGAACAACUGCUGCAGAAAUAUGUAACAGUUUCAUUGACAAAAACUAACUUUUGUAGUCCUUUGUAGUUUUUAAAACAUGUUUUUAUACAUUAUUCUAUCUUGUACUAUGAAUGCAAACUAUGAAUAGAUUCCCACAGAGAUAAAAUCCAGUCUUUUGAGGUCAUUACAGAUUUUAUGGGGGGGAAAAAAAUCAUUCUCUUUCUUGAGAUCUUUCAAUAUAAAUAAAAUGCACUUUAUUAA